AAAUGCUCCAGACCCGGCUGGGACUGGGCUCCCCGGAGAUUGUGCGUGCUCGCGCGCCGCCCUUCCCUCCCGAGGCACACACCCCACCCGGACACCCCCAGGGCAGCGGGGCACUGCGACGCAGCUGGGCUUUCCGCAGGCGGGGCGGGCAGCGCGGAUUCUCUAGGGAUUGUGUUUAAAUGGUUGCGUGCAUCCGGAGCCUCGGAGAAGAGAGCGGGUGCACCCCUCCUUGCUGGCCCCCGUCGUGUCCCCUGAGACUCCCAGGUGGCGCCGGCAGCUGCCCAACCUGAGCGUGCAAGAAACUCAGCACGGCUCUGUUCUCCCCCGACCCCUAGGGACAGAGCGCAGGGCCCGCCGGCCCCUUCUCUCACCCCUUCAGCCGCCCCUGUCCCAUCUCCAAGAAGCUGGGGAGGGGAGCCCCUUCCAGAUGAGUAAAACUCAGCACAGGGCAGAGCACACAUGCCUUAGACCUUCAAUAAGUGUUCAUUAAUGAUUCGGUCAAUCGAUUCUGGCUUUGAAGAGCCUAAAUAUUUGCUAACGUGGGCCACAACACUUAGUAUAUACAGAAAUGGCAUAAAGAAAUGCUUGUGAUAAAAUAUUAAGUGAAAAACUCAAGAUUCAAAAGUGUCUUAAUAGGGCAUUUGCAGACGCUGUGAGGGUGUAGUCUGUGCAUCUGUAAACACUCAGCAAAGGCUGGUGAGAAAUACCCCAUCAGGUGACCAGCAAUACUGUAUACCUGCGGUCGCCACCCAGGCCGCCAACUGGUCCGGCUCUCUGGCCUGUUAGGAACCAGGCGGCCCAGCAGGAGGCGAGCUGCAGGGCAGCAAGCGAGGCUUCAUCUGCAUUUACAGCCGCCCCUCGCUCCCAUCGCGCAUAAGCUCCGCCCGCUGUCGGGUCAGCAGCGUUGGAUUCUCACAGCAGCGCAAACCCGGGCACAUCAUGAGAGUCUCCUGCCUCAUGAGCUGAGGCGGUGCUGGUAUCGCUGGGGAGCGGCUGCAAGUACAGAUAAUCAUUAGCAGAGAGGUUUGACUGCACAAUUAAUGUCAUGCUCUUCAAUAAUCCCCAACCCUCCCCCCCAUCUGUGGAAAAAUUGUCUUCCAUGAAAACGGUCCCUGGUACCAAGAAAGUUGGGGACGGCUGCUGUAUACUGUCUUAGUCAGCUGGGCAGCCCUAACAAGAUGCCAUAGACUGGGUGGUCUAAAGAACAGAAACGUAUUUUUCACAGUUCCAGAGGCUGGAAGUCUGAAGUCAAGGUGCCAGCAAGGGCAAGUUACUAAUUUCAGAAUCCAAGUGAGAUCUAACACUAUAAAACAAUGCCGAAAGUAAAGGAAGGAAAACGAAAAAUUAAAGGGGCACCCCUGCCCAUCGCUCUGAUUCUUCAAAAGUUCCUGAAAACGUAUGAGAAGCAUUGUGCACAGUCUCAGACGUCCAUGUGUCCAGCCAUCAAAAGGGACCUGAAAAGCAGCAUCGACAGUGACCGGGUUCUCAGGAAGUUUACAUUUGUAAGACCUGAUGGCUCCCCACCAACCACCCUACCAGUUUCCUUGGAACCUUUGCUCAUGACAAUUCGAGAUGAGCGUUACAGGCUGGGGAAAGAGAUCUGCAUCUGGGGCCUUCAGCUGAGCAACCCAGAGGUUGCCAGACUCGCUUUGUUUCUGGAGCUGAAGGGCCGCACCACCUGCCCGUUCACCACCUUAGAAGUCAUUGCUUGCAAGAUGGAUCUGUGGUCUCUAGGGCGACUUGGGAAGGCUCUGCAGUUCAGCGGUUUGCAUUCUCUUGUCCUGGACCACUGCAAAUUUGGAAAUGAAGAAAUUGAGAGCAUCUUCUCAGGCCUGGAGAACAACCAGAGGCUUCACGACCUCAGUCUGCGUUACUGUGGUCUGGGGCCCCAGAGCGGGCCCCGGCUGGGCUCGGUCGUCAGCCAGAGCGCCAUUUGUGAGCUGCACCUUGAUGGCAAUUACCUGCAAUGUUCCGGAGCUUUGGCUCUCCUCAGACCCCUGGCAGAGUAUGCAGAGAUGCAGGGGAGACGCCAGCUGGCCACAGCCUCACCAGACACCCAAAACCCCCCUCAGCUGCUCCCAGACAGACAGAGAGGAAGUUCAACUUUAAACCAGAUUACAAAAUCAUCUGAAGCUAUAACAGUGAAAACUACUUCAGGGAAGAAAAGGAGAAAAAAAGGAGUCAAGAAGAAGAGUAAAGGUCUGAGUGAAGCUGGUCCUUGGCUGGAGAAGUUGCACUUGGCAGAUAACGGUAUAGAUGGAAAAGGAAGAGGAGAAAAUGACUUGUUGGAAUUCACUCAAAUUUUAACACGCGUGAUCAAAUACUCUGCCCACUUAAGGGAAAUUGACCUUGGAAACAAUGUCCUGGGAGAAAUGGCUGCUGCUGACAUACUUGAAGCUCAGAGAGCCAGAAAGGCAGGUAAACUACCAAUCUUAAAAAUCACAGUCACUCCCCAGAUCUCUUCAGACACCUUCAGAUCUAUUUGGGAAAAUAGCAAGAAAUCUAACAACACCUGUAAAAAGAAAAAGGUAUGUUCUUGGGUGUCUGUGUCUGUGAGUAGUGGCCACCAGGGGAAGCUGUAUGGACCCUGGGCACUCAGGCUGGGGUAGACCUUGCAGUCAGCUGCGAGUGCAUGAGGAUUUAGGUUCUAGGUCACAUUUGCCCAACCCAUGAUUCCAUUCUGAUGGAUGAUGAUUGUACCAAGAAACACGCAGUAAGAGAACAGCACAGUUAUUAGGGCAGACCCUACCUCCCUUCAACUCCCCCACACACACCCAAAUCCUAGUUGCUGCUAGCCUACUGAGGAUUUGAAAAAGGGAAUUUACCUGAACUCUUUUAUGAAGCCUAUGCUACCUCUUAGAGGAAAUGCUUUACCUAUGUUUAUUGUAUAUUGUAUGAAGCCGAAAUUUCUUUCUUUAAAUUUAUGAUUUCCU